AUAUUUAGAUUUAAAAUUUGCAUUAUUGAUUAACUGUGUUACCUGGGUGGUCAGGCAGUCUAUUUUACUGUUUUGGUCCCUAACUGUCUGAGUCGGCUCCUUUAUUUGCUGAGCCUGGCUUUCGAUGAUCAGGGGUCUGGCGCUGGAUGGUUCUAUCCUUUUCGUCUGCUACAGCUGAUAUCAUUAGUUCCUUUGAUUUCAUGGUAUUUCUGUUCUCUCCUUCUGGCUGGGUCCAUUCAUCAUCGAGAACGCUGGGGGAUCAUUACUUUGACCUCCAGAGUCUAUCUCCAUGUUUUUAAAUCGGAUUUUCUAUUGAAAAACUUGAAAAC